GGAGAAUGAGAUUGUCAAUUCUUUCUUCCGCCUUUUUUGCAGCAGCUGCUCUGGCCGAAACUCAUGUUUUUAACUGGACUACCGGCUGGGGUACUGCAAACCCAGACGGUACCCUUGAAAGGCCAGUCAUUACUUGUAACGGUGAAUUUCCAUGGCCUAAUAUUAGAGUCAAUAAGGGUGACCGGGUCGAGGUCUACUUGACCAACGGUUUUAACAAUACCAACACUACUCUUCACUUCCACGGCUUGUUCCAGCACGGAUCCACGCAAAUGGACGGUCCACCGCUGAUUAGUCAGUGUCCAAUUGCUCCUGGUGACACCAUGCUGUACAAUUUUACUGUUCCUGAUCAGGUCGGUUCGUUCUGGUACCACUCUCACACAGAGGGUCAGUAUAUGGAUGGUAUGAGAGGUGCGUUUAUCAUCGAGGACCCUGAUAUGCCAUACGAUUAUGACGAGGAGGUUGUCAUUACCCUCAGUGAGUGGUAUCAUGACCUUGUUGACGAACUGACACCUAAGUUCAUGAGCCUGUACAACCCAACUGGUGCAGAGCCGAUUCCUCAGAAUCUACUGAUGAAUAACACCAGAAAUAACACAUGGAUUGUCGAGCCUAACAAGACAUACUAUGUUCGUCUGAUUAACAUCGGCGGUUUUGUGUCUCAGUACUUGUACAUGGAGGACCACACGUUCACUGUCGUUGCAGUUGAUGGAGUCUACGUGGAACCGAACGAGACCAGUAUGCUCUACAUCACCGUUGCUCAGCGCUAUGAUGUCCUGAUUACAACCAAGAACGACACUUCUAAGAACUAUGCCUUCAUGCAGAUGUUCGACGAUACGAUGCUUGAUGUUAUUCCCGAUGAUUUAGUGCUUAACGCUACCAAUUAUAUCGUCUACGACGAAAAUGCUGAUCUGCCAGGACAAUACAUGGUCGACUCGAUUGACGACUUCCUUGACGACUUCUUUCUGGUUCCGUUGGAGAAAGAAGAGUUGUACGAGGACUACGACUACCAGAUUACCAUCGACGUUGUGAUGAACAACUUGUACGACGGUAUCAACUAUGCUUUCUUCAACAACAUCAGCUACCAUGCUCCAAAGGUGCCGACUCUUGGAACUGUCUUGUCUGCCGGCGAGAACGCUACCAAUGCCUACAUCUACGGUACUAACACCCACACUUUUGUCCUUCAAAAGGACGAAAUUGUCGAAAUUGUGCUCAACAACCAGGAUACCGGUAAGCAUCCGUUCCACUUGCACGGUCACGUGUUCCAGGUUGUCGAGAGAGGUCCAACGUUCCCGGACGAUGCUCCUGAGCCUUACAACGAAUCUGCCCCGUAUACUCCGCCUGAGUACCCAAUGAGAAGAGAUGUUCUUUACGUGAACCCAAACUCUUACUUUGUGAUCAGAUUCAAGGCCGACAAUCCAGGUGUCUGGUUUUUCCACUGCCACAUUGAAUGGCAUUUGACCCAAGGUCUGGCUCUCACUUUGGUUGAGGACCCUCUUGGAAUCCAGGCUAACGAGACUUUGACCGACAACUGGAAGCAAAUCUGUGAAAAUGUCAAUGUGGCCUACACCGGUAAUGCUGCUGGCAACGACAAGGACUACUUCGACCUGACCGGUCAGAACGUCCAGCCCAAGGAUCUUCCUGCUGGUUUCACUGCCAGGGGUAUUGUUGCCCUGGUCUUUUCCUGUAUCAGUGGUAUUUUGGGCUGUGUUGUCAUUUUCUGGUACGGUAUGGCUGAUAUUCCAGACAUGGAAAAAAGAGUGCUUGCUGACCUUAAUAUUGACGAAAGGGCCUUUCUGGCUGCAGAGGACGACGAAGAAGAUGCGUCUGCUGAUGCCAUGGGCUCUACCAUCAAUGCCCUUUCCAAACAAGGAACUACCCAUGAGAUUACUACUUCUCAUUAGGUGGCUCAAUGCCUGAACGAUCGAGCUGGUCUCUAACUUGUGUGUGUGUUUAGAGAUGGCUGAUUUCAUUCCAGUCGUGGGCCGUUUAUUCCCCAUCGAAAGACGUGUAUGUGUGUGUGUGUGUUUUUCCAUUGAGGGUGACUUUAACUAGUUAACUCUCUCUCCCUAUCUAGUUCAACUGUGUGUGAAAUUAACUGGUAGCUCG